AUGACUCCCCCGUCACCCCUCCCUACCCUGGUCCGAUUUGCUUCAAUGAGUAAGGGAUGUACCACCAGGAAAUUCCGCAACCGAGAAUUGAAUCUAGAGGCAAAAACGGCCAUAUCUGCAAAAAGGCGUCACUGGAUUAAAUAUCUCCACUGUAAAACUACUGAGAACUUUGUGAAAUACCAGAAAACCAGAAAUAUCGCAACAAAGGCAGUACGCAAAUCUAAAUACCACUACGAGGAAGAUCUGGCAGCGAAAAUCAAAACAAAUCCAAAACUUUUCUGGACCCACGUACGAUCAAAAACCAAAGUCAAAUCAAGCAUUGGACGAAUACAAAAACCGAAUGGCGAAUUUACUAUCGACAAUAAAGACACAGCCGACACCCUAAACAACUUCUUUGCAAGUGUUUUUGUUAAGGACCAGGAUACACCACUACCACCCCUUCCUAGGAGAAACUUUCACGAACCCUUUGUAGAUAUUGACAUUAUAGAGGAUUCUGUAAUAAAGGCGAUCAAACGGAUUAACCCAACUAAAUCACCAGGGCCGGACAAUCUCCACUCAAAACUUAUCUCCGAAACAGCUGAGGACUUAAAGAAACCACUACAAAUUGUUUUCAAGAAAUCCCUGGAAAACUCCCAACUACAAACAUCAUGGAAAGAGGCAACAGUUAAACCAUUUUUUAAGAAGGGAUCGCAAAAGGACCCCGGCAAUUACAGACCUAUCAGCUUAACGUCUGUACCAUCAAAAACUAUGCAACGGCUCAUAAGGGACGAAAUCCUCACCCACAUGAAUACAAAUAUUCCCCAACUCUAA